CUUUGACAGUGGUCAGAAAGAACCCACACUCGCUGCUCGCGAUGGAGAAGAGCAAGACCGAUGGUCACCAGGCUGUGCUCAAUGAAGGAGAGGAGAAUGAGCUGGAGGUGUUUGGCUACCAGACUCAGAAUUUACGAAGAGCCUUGUGCCUUGUCACAGCCAUCCUGACUCUUGGGGCAGUUCAGCUCAUGUUCUACUGGAGGCCUGAGUGGUGGGUGUGGACCAGUUGCAUCCCAUGCCCCUUACAAGAAGCAGACAUAGUUUUGCUGAGGACAACUGAUGAAUUUCGAAGAUAUAUGAGGAAAAAGGUCUUCUGCCUUCACUUAUCCACACUGAAGAUCCCUAUAAGCAAGAACCCAGGGGAACCUCUGGUAGCUGAUCACCACUCGGUCAUAAACCAAGCUGUAAUGAAGCCAGAAUUAAAGCUACGAUGCAUUCAAGUGCAGAAAAUCAGGUACGUGUGGGAUUUCUUGAAGAAGCGAUUUCAGAAAGUUGGGUUGCUGGAAGACAGUAACUCCUGCUUUGACAUCCACCAUACAUUUGGAUUGGGUCUGACCAGUGAAGAGCAAGAGGUCAGACGGUUAGUGUGUGGGCCCAAUGCUAUCGAGGUGGAGAUCCAACCUAUAUGGAAGCUGCUUGUUAAACAGGUUUUAAAUCCAUUCUACGUGUUCCAAGCCUUCACCCUCACUCUGUGGCUGUCUCAGGGUUACAUAGAAUACUCUGUGGCCAUCAUCAUUUUGACUGUUAUAUCCAUUGUCUUGAGUGUGUAUGACUUGAGACAGCAAUCAGUUAAGCUGCACAAGCUUGUGGAGGAUCACAACAAAGUCCAGGUCACAAUCACAGUAAGAGACAAAGGUCUGCAGGAGCUGGAGUCCCGUCUCCUGGUUCCGGGAGAUAUUCUCAUUCUUCCAGGGAAAAUUUCAUUGCCCUGUGAUGCUGUAUUGAUUGAUGGGAGUUGUGUGGUGAAUGAAGGAAUGCUCACAGGAGAAAGUAUACCUGUUACAAAGACACCAUUGCCCCAAACGGAGAACACCAUGCCCUGGAAAUCACACAGUUUGGAGGACUACCGGAAACAUGUGCUCUUUUGCGGAACAGAAGUGAUUCAGGUCAAGCCAUCUGGCCAGGGACCUGUUAGAGCCGUGGUUCUGCAGACAGGUUAUAAUACAGCAAAAGGAGACUUAGUGAGAUCCAUCCUCUAUCCCCGACCUCUGAACUUCAAACUGUACAACGAUGCCUUCAAGUUCAUGGUGUUCCUGGCCUGCAUUGGUGUUGUGGGAUUUUUCUAUGCCCUAGGUGUCUAUUUGUACCAUGAAGUUCCUCCGAGAGAAACUGUAACCAUGGCUCUGAUCCUCCUCACUGCCACGGUCCCUCCUGUGCUCCCAGCCGCCCUGACCAUCGGCAAUGUGUAUGCCCAGAAGAGGCUGAAGAAGAAGAAGAUUUUCUGCAUCUCCCCACAGAGAAUCAACAUGUGCGGCCAGAUCAACCUCGUGUGCUUCGACAAAACAGGAACUCUUACAGAAGAUGGGCUGGACCUCUGGGGGACGGUUCCCACUGCUGGCAACUGUUUCCAGGCAGUCCACAGCUUUGCCUCAGGUGAGGCUGUACCCUGGGGCCCACUGUGUGCAGCCAUGGCCAGCUGCCACUCCCUGAUCCUUCUUGAUGGGACCAUCCAGGGAGACCCUCUGGACCUCAAAAUGUUUGAAGGCACUGGCUGGAAUAUGGAAGAUGGCCAAGUGGCGUCCUGCAAAUACAGCAUGGCAGAUUCCGGCACAGUAAUAAAACCAGGACCGAACGCCAGCCAGAGUCCCGUGGAGAGCAUCACCAUCUUGCGCCAGUUUCCAUUUUCCUCAGGACUGCAAAGGAUGUCUGUGAUUGCUCAGCUGGCUGGUGACCUCCGUCUCCACGUCUACAUGAAGGGUGCCCCGGAAAUGGUGGCCAGGUUCUGCCGCUCUGAAACGGUGCCUAAGAACUUCCCACAGGAGCUGAGGAAUUACACAGUGCAAGGCUUCCGUGUCAUUGCUCUUGCCCAUAAAACCCUGAAGAUGGAGAAGCUUUCUGAUGUGGAACGUCUAGCAAGGGAGAAAGUGGAGUCCGAGCUGGCAUUUCUGGGUCUUCUCAUAAUGGAGAAUCGCUUGAAAAAUGAAACGAGGCCAGUGCUGAAGGAACUGAGCGAGGCCCGCAUCAGGACCGUGAUGGUGACAGGUGACAAUCUUCAAACUGCCAUCACUGUUGCUAAAAAUUCUGAAAUGAUUCCUGUGGGCAGCCAGGUCAUCAUUGUCGAGGCUAAUGAGCCAGGAGACCUUGUUCCUGCUUCUGUGACCUGGCAGCUGGUGGGGACCCAAGAGCCAGGCUCUGAGAAGAAGGACAUCUACAUUGAUAUCGGAAACAGUUCAGUACCUUGUGGGAAAGGCUACCAUUUUGCAAUGAGUGGGAAGUCCUAUCAAGUGCUAUUUCAUCAUUUCUACACCAUGCUGCCACAAAUUCUGGUCAAUGGAACCAUUUUUGCAAGAAUGUCUCCUGGGCAGAAAUCAAGUCUUGUGGAAGAGUUUCAGAAAUUAAAUUAUUAUGUGGGCAUGUGUGGAGAUGGAGCCAACGACUGUGGGGCUUUGAAAAUGGCGCAUGCGGGCAUCUCGCUGUCAGAGCAGGAAGCAUCUGUGGCCUCUCCCUUCACCUCGAAAGUGGCCAAUAUCGAGUGUGUGCCUCAUCUCAUCAGGGAGGGACGGGCUGCACUGGUUUCAUCCUUUGGUGUAUUUAAAUACUUGACCAUGUACGGCAUCAUCCAGUUUAUUGGAACAUCACUGCUAUACUGGCAACUACAGCUCUUCGGUAAUUACCAGUAUCUCCUGCAAGAUGUGGCCAUCACCCUGAUGGUCAGCUUAACAAUGAGCAUAAACCAUGCCUACCCGAAGUUGGCUCCAUACAGACCAGCAGGACAACUCCUUUCUCCUCAGUUGCUACUCUCAGUCUUCAUGAAUUCCUGUUUCACCUGCAUUGUGCUAGUGUGUACGUUUCUCUCUGUGAAACAGCAGCCUUGGUACUGUGAGGUCUACAAAUACAGUGAAUGCUUUCUGGUCAACCAAAGUAAUUUCUCAACCAACACGGGUUUGGAGCGAAACUGGACUGGGAAUGCAACCCUGGUUCCGGCUUCUGUGCUGAGUUUCGAGGGCACCACUUUGUGGCCCAUCGUCACCUUCAACUGCAUCUCAGCGGCUUUUAUUUUCUCUAAGGGAAAGCCGUUUCGGAAACCCAUCUACACCAACUAUUUAUUCUCGCUUCUGCUGACAUCUGCUGUGGGCCUCACUAUUUUCAUUCUGUUUUCUGAUUUUCAAGAUCUAUACCGUAGAAUGGAGUUCAUCCCAACCACAACGUCAUGGAGAAUUUCAAUUCUGGUGGCAGCCUUUGUCCAGUUCUGUGUGGCAUUCUUUGUAGAGGAUGCCAUCCUUCAAAAUAGAGAGCUCUGGCUGUUUAUAAAGAAAGAAUUUGGAUUCUACUCGAAAAGUCAGUAUAGGAUCUUGCAGAGAAAGCUGGCAGAAGAUUCAACGUGGCCUCCCACGAACAGGACAGAUUAUGCAGUCAAUGGCAAAAAUGGACUCUACAUCAACAGAGCCUAUGAAAGCCCUGAACAGGUCCCGAAAGGGAAGCUCAAGCUGGGAGGGCAAGCUUCAGAACAGCAUUUUUGGACCAGACUGUAACUUGAAUUGCAGUCACGCCUGAUCCACAACAUCACCCUUUGUCCCGAAACUAAACAUUGUGGAAAGGAGGAAACUGCAUACAUAUCCUUCUCUUCUCUCUCUGUCGAAGUAUCCAAUGCACUUCAACAUAGCGACCCUUGCAGCAAAGAACUUAACAUUCAUUCUACCCUUCACUAGCUCCAGAGAAACCUGCAUGUCUCAGAUCACCUUUGUAAUAACCUGUAUUCAUAUUGUAUUGUUCUAAAUGGACAGCUCUCAUGCAACGAGAUUAGAUGUAUGGACAUCGGAUGAGAAGAAAAACUGAGAAAGCACUUGGUGUUUCAAAGUUAGAGUAACGUAUUAAUCGAUGUAAGUUUCCUUAGUCUUACAUUAAUUUGUGGAGCACAUUCAUGUACAUACAUUGGCCAGGAUUAUAAGAUUCCUCCUGGUUUGCAUCUUUGGUGUGACUUAAGUGGGGAAAUAAGAUGAAUUAUUCCACCCUAGGUACACAGGAAGCCAGAGUGGUGUGGAAGUUGAGAACAGUAGAGAUCGGUGCUAAUCUUUUAUAAUCACGGCAUGGGUGUUGCUAGGGUGUAAGCGAAAUACACCAACUUGGUACAUUUCAAAAGUAUAGUGUAUGGGGCUGGGGAGCCUAACAGUGCAGAGUAGACCAGAAUAAUGAAAUAAACUUUUCAAAUGUGUUUUUUUCACUUUA